AUGUCCAGGUCUGGUCAAGCCCCUGGACCAGAGGGGGAUUCACGACAUACUAGCCACAAGGAACAUACUAGUCCUAGAUCACGUUCUACCAAACAGAGAGGGAGUGUUGCAAGUACUGCAUCUAAAAGGGAAUCACAACAGAAACAAGAGGAUAUUUAUAGGAAGUGGGAGGAGUUUAAAGCUUUACAACGAGAAGACAAAUUCAACUACUUGGAACAAAAAGUUGCACUGCAGCGAGAAUUAAUUCAAGCUUACGACGACCUUUUUCUUGAGAGGCGAAUUAAAGCUGACAGAAAACUUCAUAAGCUGAGGGAAUCGGACCUACAAAAGAAGAAGGAAACAGAAGAAGCUCUGGUACAGAUAUGCAAGGAUGAAUUGGGUAAAGACAAGGAAGAGCAACUGACCAGAAGAGCCCAAGAGAGGGCAGCAGAGAGGAAAAAGCAGAAAGAUGAGAAAGAGCAAGCUGAAAGUGGAGAUGCCACAGGAGGAGGUGAGGAUGUUCCACCAAGCCCAGGUGGACAAUGGGUAGGAAGCAGAAGGGUGUCAAUGGAUAGAAGAAUGUCAGAAGAUAGUGUCUUUGAGCCUCAUGAUGCUACAGGUACUCUCAUGGAAGAACCAGAGGAUACCAUCCAAGAAGAGCUGACAUUUGAUCAAUUGCCUCUUCACAAGCAACGGUUGUACACUCUCUUUGGUCAGGAUGAGGCUGAAUAUUUCCUUCAUCCAAGAAUUGAACCUGAGCGUAGGAAGGUCAUUAGAAUGCCACAUGCUGUAAAGUCACUGGGAGGGCGAGUUGGAGCUCAUACCUUGUGGAAUACAUUAAGAGACAGGUCACAGAUCAAACUCAAGUAUGCAGAUGCUCGUAUUCCUCUGGAACUGAAGGAUGCAUAUGGAGCGUUUGUUAGAGAAUGCCUGACAAAGAACAAGACAGUAGCAAAGAGGAGUUUCUACAGUGAGACAGAGGUACCAGAGAAUGAGAAGCUACAGGACAACAGCUACAAGGAUCGUGUGAAAGAGACCCAGAGACGUAUGGAGCUCAUGUACCGUGCUGCAUUAGCUAAUGAAGAUAAGACUGGUGUACUCCUAUACAACAAUCCCAUGCCAGACUUUAAUAACUUUGAAGGCCAUGAAGGACCUCUUAGAUACCUCCCAUCCUGGCUUCAAGUGGACGAUGACAGUGAGGAAGGCUCAGAAUUUGAUAAAAGCUACAAGAAGUGGUUAACAAGUGCCUCUGAUAUGGAAAUACAACCUUUACAGUUUGAAGACAACUUUCAAAGUUAUGAUAUAGACAUGGUUCAGGAUGCCAACAACCAAGAAAAAGAACCAAACAACGAUGAACAAUUCUUCAAUGAUUUGGACUACGAAGAUGGCCAGACCGGUGAUCGCUCUGUUAGCUCUUUCUCCCUGCCUGACAUGAUCCUCGGGGGUGAUGAAGACACAGGUUAUCCUCGACCAAACCAAGACCGACCUGACCAGUCAACCAGCAACAAAGACCCUCAGCUCCUACCAGGCAAUGAUGCAGGCAGUGAAGGACUGGAUUUAGAAGGAGUCAAGAAAGAGAAGAAAACUAAACUUGUCUUCUUGACCGAGAAGGAAGCAACAUGUGAAGGGCGUUUCCUUGAGAAUCUUGCAGUGAAGGAGAAAAAUAAAUCUGAGAUGGUGACAGGAGCUAGUGUAGAGGCUGCAGUAUCAGAUACUAAGACACCAAGAGAAGGUCAAAGUUCAAGUAGAAGUGGAAAGCCAAAGGUCCGCUCCCUCACAGCACCAGCAACUUUGGGUAAAGCGGAAGACACCACACCAAGCACUGCAAGGACUUCGGGGACAGGAGGUACAAGACAGGGUCGUAGGUCUAGGCCUACCAAAGGACCUGGAUGGGAACCACUGACUAUGACGGCUCUUAAUGAUCAUAAACCAGCCAUACAGUUAUUUGGAGGAGGUGACUUUGCUCAUGGUAGUGAGUUUUUGUGGAAGCCAGUUCUAUCAACUACAACAGCUACAAAAGGAUCAUAAUUGGAUGCACCAUGAUAGAUAGGAACCAAUGAAGUCUGUUUAGGAGUCUAUAGGUGCUGUCACACUUAGCUGUUUCAGCCAGUGUAUGUUGUCAUACAUAUGGCAAGCCAUUUCAUCAUUCAAUCCUAUUUAUCGAUAUUGAUGUAAUUCAAUUUUUUAUUAAAAGAAGUUAAAUAAUUGCUAUCACAAAUUUAUUCUUGAUUUUAAGAAAAAAAAUUUCUAAAUAAAUGGCAAUCGUUUCUUGUUGCUAAUAAAUGUCCAGUCUUGAUUAUUAAAUGGUAUAUAGAAUGGCUUGUCAUAUGUACAUUGGCAUAAUUAUGCUGGCAAGAAAAUCCUGUGUGACAGCCUCUUAAAAGAGGUUAGUUAGCUCUUGGAUUCUAUAGUGAGCUUUUGUGGAAGCCAAUUUUUUUCCACGAUUACAGUUACACACAAUUUAUAGCUAACACACUUACUAAGGAAGAUAAGAUUUUGAUGAAAUUAAUUCAUGCUGUCAGUAAGGAUAAAUUGUCUAUAGUCAUUAAAAUUAUUCACUUAUAGAAUCAAAGAGUUUACAAAUUACUUCCAAAUCAUAGAUACUGUAUGGUAGGGAAAUAUCGUGAACAAGGAAAUGCAUCUGUUAUUGUAUUUUUAGUGACUUAAACAAAAUAAUAAAAGGAUGAUUUAGAUCUCUGGGCACUGUCUUACAAAGAGUUAAAAUAAAUUCACAUUAAAUCUGCGAUUGAUUUAGAAUACCUAUCUAUCAACUAGACAGAAUUUAUUCAAUUGCAAUUUGAUUUUGAUUUGAAUCAUUUGCAAUUCUUUUUAAAAUGGGCAACAUGGCAUUAAACUUACCAAUGAUAGUAAAUUUGCCAUCACUACUAAUUUUGAUUGAAAGUUUGAAUGUCAUUGGCUGUCAAUCUCUAUUGAAAUGUUGGUUGCUAUUGAUAAGUUACCAUUAAUGAUAAGUCUAAUGCAACAGACCAAAUAUAUAAAUUAUGCUGUUCAUUCACCUUGUUAUUGGUAACUCUACUUUUCUGAAUCAAUUGCAUUCUGUUCAAAGCUAAAUAUCCAAAGAUGGUUUCUUAUUGGUAUUGAUAUCUCUGUCUUUCAAUUCUUCAAAGAAUAUAUAUUGACAUUCCGUCCAUCAUUGUUGAUGUACUUCCAAGGUAAGAAACAGAUCACUAUGAAGUUAUAAAAACAUUUCAACAAAUGUAAAUACAGAUGUAUAUGUUGUAAAUAUUUUUUUUUUAAUAGUUCUAUAUUUAAAAAUUAUCAACUCGUAUUGUAUAGAGCAAUGAAUUGUUACGGUAAAGCUUUGAAGUGAGAAAUGCAGAUUUUUGUUACACCAUAUCAUCAAUAUUUUUUUUAUAUAUCGUUUGAAGUGUAGAUCAUACACACCCACUUGUCUCUAUUUCACUUUAAAUGACUGUAUGCAGCAUAAAUUAUGUUAUAUUGGGUUCUUUGAUGAUCUUGAAAAAUCAAUGUAUUUCCACACUAUGAUUUCUAUAGGAUUCUUAUUUAUAUAUUAGGUUCCUGUUUCAUACAUUUUGUCAACAAUAUAAAUCCCAUGACCUGAGAAUGAACAGUUAGAAUCCUUCUAUUUGAUUGGCUAAGAGCAAUUAUUGAUAUAGAACCAUAGAACCAUCAUAGUAUAUGGGGGUCUUGUGAGCGGGGGGGGUCACUCACAUACACAUUGGUGGUACGGGGACAUGCCGCAUUGAUGAACACCUUUUUCAGACGGAAUAUUCAGUUCUGUAGAUACUCCGAAUGACAAAAGUUCCAUUCAGAAGCCGCCCCGCUCGCAAGACCCCCGUUACGAGACAUCUUGGUUCCCUAGCCCUGCCAAAAUUGUCCAGCGCGAGCAUGGCAUGCCAGAGCUGCACGCACAGCUUCACAACUCCCUCUUCUAGUAGCUCCAUGCACUGCUAGUGCCCACAUAUACACGCACAGCGCUAGCGUGCACCUUAUCUACUGUAGACCCUGUUUUUCACGCUGCCGGGUAUAUAUUUAGUUCCUAAGACCUGGCAUUUUACCCUUGUGGUCAGUUCCUUAGACCCCCAUUUCAGGGUUUUGUGAAGCACACCCAAUCAAAAUAUAAUAUGAAUGCUCCCACCCAUUUGGUGUUGUGAAUGUUCAUGCAACAGUGUUGGGAAGCAGUUUGUUAACCAACAGAAUACAUUGAAAAUGCCGACUGCAAUUUGUUAAUAUUCUUGGGAUUUUAUUGCUGAUACAUUUGCAAUGUUUGUGAUAUAUAUCUGUUUUAGUUCUUGUUGGCACCAAUCUCUUUGGGAAAGGAAUAAUAUACUUUUUAUUGGCAUAUCUCAAGAAAUGUGCUUAUAAAUUAUUUAAGAAAUAAAUGAUUUGGUGAGAAAUAUCUUGAGGGGGGAAGCAUUACAAAACUAUUGAAUUAAUAUUUUUUUGAAAGACAGUAUUUUGAUUACUCCAGUCAUGCCAGAUAUAAUGGAGUCUCCAGUCUAACUUUUUCAUGUUUACUUUUUGUGUUGUGAAGGAAAUUUUUGGCUCCUUUUGUUUGAAAUUAUUGUUUGUAAUGCAUCAUGUCUUUGUGGUGAUUUCAUCUGCAACUCCCAUUUUAUAUCGUUUGUGAAUAAAGAUGUACUCUGUUU